AUGGCCACUGCUGGAACUGGUCAAGCAAAUGAAUGGCGAUUAGCAGCUCCUCACUUCUCCAUUAACACAAAUGUCGAAAGUUCCGUCAAUUGUAUAAAAUUCGAUCCUCAUGAAGAGUUAUUUUGGACAGGAUCGGCAGCAGGAAAAGUGGCUUCAUUUCUGCCAACAAAUCACUUUUCUCGAUAUUCUGCAUUCGUGGUGUCGAAAGUCAGUGGUGUAAAUAGUUUAGAGCCGACAGAGAAUGCAUUAUUCGCUCUUACUGACACUUCGCUUCGAGUUACAUCGAAACAAGGAAUCCCUAUUGGAAAAUACACAUCACAGUCUAUGACAAGAAUGAUGGCAAUGUGUCGUAUGCCCGGAACUUCCACUUUUGUUAUGGGUGGAUUUCAAGAAAAACUAAUUCACUAUGACUUUGUGAAAGAAAAAGAAAUUCGAACCACUGAUUUGAAAGAAGGAGAACAUUCUAUUAUUAUCCGAUACAAUGGAACGAACACUUUUACAGCUGAUUCAAAAGGAAAUGUAAUUGUGAAGAGUCCGAAAAACUUUGAAACACUUCAAGUCAUAGACUGCCAUCAAGACCGUAUUUUGGAUUUUGAUGUUCAAGGAAGCAAACUAAUUUCUUGCGGAGUAACAAUGAACCGUCAGCAGAACAUGGAUAGAUUUGUGAAAGUAUACGAUCUACGAAUGCAUAAAGCUCUUACUCCAUGUACUAGCCAAUUGAUACCACAGUUUGUUCGGUUCAUCCCAUCUUAUUGCGAACGUAUUUGUAUCAUGGCUCAAUCAAUGAACUUAAUUGAUCCGGGAAACAACUGGGGGUCACAUCCGGCCUCAAUAAGAAUGUUCGACUUAGCAUCGAAUGGAAACCAUGUCGAGUUUGGAGUGGAGACUUCCAUUGUUACAGCCUUCGAUUAUUCAAGUUCUAAAAAUUUCGCUGCAAUUGGAAGCCAUGUGGGUGUAAUUUGUGCGUAUGCUGAUCGAGAUCAACCUAUAGUGAAUGACAGUUCGAAAGAAACAAUAUUCGCAGCUCCACCUGCACAACCCCCAAUAUCAUUCGCAAUUGACGACACAACACAAACAUUUGGAUCAAUACCGUUUCCAUUUUCACAAGGACCACUUGUCAGUGAUUGGCCUUCAGAACUGACUCAAAUUGUUCAUAGGCGGCGGAAACCACCUUCAGACCUUACGAAUGUUAAAUCUAUUCAUUAUGCCACACAAAUAAGAAAUCCUCGUAUAAAUUCAAAACUGAAGCAGCACAACAUUGUCCCCUACUUUUUGGAGCACAUUGAGCCAGUAAUAGAAGUGCAUGAUGUUCAGAAAAUUGUUGAGCAGUCCGAACAUCGAAUGGUCAAGACAAGAGUGUCAAAGUUGUACAAAAAACGACCACCACCUGUAAACCAUGUGCCAUCUAGGCGUGGAAAUUCAUCUGAUGAAACUCCCGAGACCUACACGUGGAAUACAAUCCGUCAUAUCACAAUGCAAUCGACUCAUGCAAUGAAUCUUGUGGCUAACACUGUUGUUCAAGUCGUGUAUUCGCUUUCCCCACUUCGAAGUAUUGUCAUGCGACAUAUUUGUACUAAUGACACUUGCAUAACAUGUGAACUCCAUUUUCUUUUCAAUGCAUUUUCUUCGAAAAUUGGGCAAAGUGAUGGCAUUAUAACAACAAACUUAGCAUUGGCCCUUACUCGGAAUGGAGUUUCAUUGAAGACGGGCGGUGUUUUACAUGCUAUCAACGAGGUGAUAAAGACUAUUUUAGAUGACGUGGCAGAGAAAGAUAUUAAUGCCUCAGUUUCGACAAAGUUUAAUCGUCACCUGUGCUGCAUUCGUUGUCGUGGACUACAAACUGUUGAAGCCUACAGUGAUCAUCUUCUUUCGCUGAACUACGGGUCCCUCCAUCAAACAUCCCUAUGCCAGCUGAUCGAAAAAUCACUGCAUUUAGGUCCUGAAACAGGAGAGAAGGAAUGCGAAGAUUGCAAACAAAUGAGUCGAAUGGAAUGUAAACGGAAAGUACGUGAGCUGUCGCCUGUUCUUCUGAUAAGCACAAACACAUCUUCCGAGGAUUAUGUUGAUUUCUGGCGGCAACAAUUGUCGACUCACGAAGUACGUCCAGAUGCACAAACGAACUCAUUUGGCAGUGUUCCUGAAUCGCCCUCAGAGAAGAAAAGAUGUCGGUACGGAGAGGAUUGUCGGAAUAAAAAGACCUGCAAGUUCGCUCAUGGGCACAUAGACUGGAGCUCAGAACAGUCCAAGCUGCUGGAACACGUUGACUCAUCCCAAUGGAGUCAUUACAUACCUUCUCGAAUCGCUGCUCAAGUGUGUGAAGGAAUUGUUCGCAUUUCCGAUAUUUCGGAUAUUCCUGGUUAUGACGAGCCUACUGCUAUCAUCUAUGAACUUGAUGCAAUGAUACAUGUGAUUGGAAAUGGAGAGCACGAUGUAAAAUGGACACAUCCAGUCACAUUGUUGAGAGAAAGUCCAGUUGCGUCGACUGCUUGGACACUGAUAAAUGAACAGCUGGUCAGUAGAUUACAUGAUCAUGAAGCUCGAUAUGUGGAUGGAAGAUGGAAAUUACCUGCUCUACUAGUCUACAGACAGAAAGGAGACGAAAUUCUGUUCAGCGAGAAAACGUUUUCUGAUGAUUUGUUUUUUUCUGAUGACAAUCUUGCUAUGAAUGGAACUGAAUCUCUUGCAAUUAAAUCAAUGGAAGAUCUUCCAAAAGCAGGCGAACUUGUUGGAUUAGAUGCAGAAUUUAUCAAAAUCAAGACAGACAUGUUGGAAUUCGAUGGUAGAUCUGUUCAAGUACGGGCUGUUGGGCGUGCUUCUUGUGUCGAUGCGACCGGUCAAAAAGUUAUAUUCGAUGAUUAUGUCCGACUUACAGACGACAUGAAAGUUGUUGAUUAUUUAACAAGAUACAGCGGCAUCGUAGAAUCUGAUUUAUUGCCGGCGUCAUCUGACAAGUAUCUGACAACUCAUAAACGUUUACUCCUCCGUAUGCAUGUGUUGAUUCAGCGAGGAGUCAUUUUCGUUGGACACGCAUUACAUAAUGAUUUCACAGUGAUCAAUGUUCAUGUACCCGAACCACAGAUCAUCGACACAGUUGUAUUGUUGCGUCUAGAAGCACAAAGAAUGCUUUCGUUGCAAUUUUUGGUAAAAGAAAUGCUUGGUGAAAUAAUACAAACAGCUGAGCAUGACUCUGUGGUUGAUGCCCAAUACGCGCUAAAAAUGUAUCGCAAGUAUUUAGAACUGCGCGAUCAAGGAAUUCUCUCAUCCGAAAUGCGUCGAAUUUACACCAUACUUCCAUCAUGCAACUCGCCUAGUCAAACUUCCUCUCCACUUAUCGUCUCUACUCUCCGAAAGACUCCUGAUGACCCGGCAGACGCCGCUCCACAAACAAUUUGA